AUCAACAAAGCGAAGAUGAAGUUCCUGCUGUACGUGGCCGUCUCCGUAUUCGUAUUGUCCGUGGACUGUGCGGUGCUACGACCGGCUGCAAACGAGCUUCCAGAGGACUUCAAUCCUCACUUCAGAAAGAGAGAUCUUACAACGGAACAAUUCGUGGAAGAAGUAAUUUCCAAGCUUGAAAAGAGAGACGUUGGCAAGCUGUUCCCCGUAGGCGGCGAUAUCAUUAGCCACUGGGUGAACCUUAUCGAAGAUCUCAUAGGUCAAUACAUUCCCAAGUUUGGAAAGAGAGACGUUGGCAAACUGUUCCCAGUGGGCGGCGAUAUCAUUAGCCACUGGGUGAACCUAAUCGAAGACUUCAUAGGUCAAUUUGUUCCCAAGAUUGGAAAAAGAGACAUCGCCUCACUGUUCCCCAUAGGCGGCGGAUUGGUCAGUGAAGGCGUGAACAGAGCAGAGGAUCUCGUUGGUCUUGUAGUUCCUCAUUUCGGAAAGAGGGAUCUUGAAUCUUUUAUGAGGCAGGAGCGAGAUCUUGUUAUGGAUUCAGUCCAGAUGGCAAAUGACGAUCUCCUUAAACCAGUAUUGCAAAGUGUCUUCGACAUGGUUCAACGAUGGUUCAGAUUUCUACUCUCGCCGUUUACGUAGAACCUGCUUGAUAUAAGCACUAGAGGAUACAAAAGACGAUGUGAGUUAACUCUCAAAGCAUUUCUGUUUAAGAAGAAAAUAAUUUUGUGACCAACUAAUUAUAGAUUAUUGUGUAUUAUGCAAAAAAACCAAAUAAAUUUGUUCAUUGCUGAAA